AUGAGCGACUUUAACAGCAAUAAGCGAGGCUACGAUGAUAUGGAGGAGGCCACUCCCGAGAGCGUAGCUGCUCAAAUACAAAUGGUCCAAUACAUGGUCCAACAACAGCAGCAGCAACAACAACAACCAGUCCCAAAACGACCACGAAUGAUUCAGGACGAAGAAGACGACGAUGACAACCACCAACAACACGACGACGAUGAGCAAGACCACCAACUAAACCAUCUGCUCAAUAAUAAUACCAAUAAUACCGACACUCUACAACAACAACAGCAACAUUUACAACAGGACGAUGAUGCUCAACAGAUGCAACAAGUAACCAUGAUCAACCGUCCAAAUUAUAAACUCAAAUGGACUCUGGAGGGCCACAAGAAAUCUGUAUCAAGUGUCAAGUUCUCUCCUGACGGAAAGUGGUUGGCUACUGCUUCUGCCGACAAGACAAUCAAACUAUGGAAUGCUCUGGACGGAAGGCUGGAGCAAACUCUGACAGGUCACACUCAGGGUAUAUCUGAUGUAGCCUGGUCUUCCGACUCCCAGCACAUGUGCUCGGCCUCUGACGACAAGACAGUCAGGCUAUGGAAUGUCGGCGCUAAGGACUCGGUCAAAACAUUAAGAGGACAUACCAAUUACGUCUUCUGUGUCAACUACAACCCACAAUCAAAUCUCAUCGUGUCGGGCUCCUUUGAUGAGACUGUGAGGAUAUGGGAUGUGAGGAAAGGAAAAUGUCUAAAAGUACUACCAGCACAUUCAGAUCCAGUGUCUGCUGUGUGUUUCAAUCGAGAUGGAACACUGAUUGUGUCGUCAAGUUAUGAUGGACUGAUACGUAUUUGGGAUACAGCAACAGGGCAAUGUCUAAAGACAUUAAUUGAUGAUGACAAUCCGCCGGUAUCAUUCGUCAAAUUCUCACCAAACGGAAAAUACAUUCUCGCAUCCACACUCGACAACACGUUACGACUAUGGUCGUACUCUACAGGCAAAUGCCUCAAGACCUACAUCGGCCACUCAAAUUCCAAAUAUUGUGUCUUUUCAUCGUUUAGUGUUACGGGUGGUAAAUGGAUUGUGAGUGGGAGUGAAGACUCGAUGAUUUAUAUAUGGAAUUUGCAGAGUAAGGAGAUUGUGCAGAGGCUUCCUGGGCAUAAAGAUACGGUCUUGUCUGUAGCAUGUCAUCCAACCAUCAACAUGAUUGCAUCAGGAGCUAUUGAUGCAGACAAGACAGUCAAAGUUUGGGUCGACGACUCUGGCAAUUGA